UUUGUGCAGAGAAUUGAUAAGGAUCACAUGUUUUGAGAGACUGCACCCAGUAAACUGGUAAAAAGAUGUGAGACAAACUGCUUCACAUUCCCGUAGAAUCCUGUUGACAGAAUCUCAUCAAAACGUCACAAAGUAAAGUAAAUGUCACAUCAUUUAUUAUAAAUGGUCCUAAGCUCAGCCCUCUUCUGUCCUCACCUUCUGAUGAACAGUUUAUAAAGAGCAUCAGACUGCAUGAGCUUCUUCACUUUUCUCCCAGCCAGGGACUCUGAACAGGAAUGAAAUCAGAAUAUUCUGAAUAAUGGGUGCCCGACUUACAGUUACAGUCAUCAAUGAGACUCCUUAUACCUGGUAUUUUGCCACCCAGAGCAACGAGUUUACAAGCAUCGAUGCUGGCUGCUCAACAUCCUAUAAGGAGGACUAUUAUAUCAAUUGCUACAUCUGCUUCAGAUAUGAAAAUCACACACAUGAGAGUUUUAAGUACGAGUUUAACACCACCAACCAGGAAUACUGGUGGGAAAUCACUUUUACCUUAAGGGAAACCCCCGACCGUUCCCAGAUUGAGUUGCGCUGCACCAAUGACGGUGGCUCUCGUUACUGUCCCAACUACAGAAAUAUUGAGGAUGAAAAACGGAGACAGCAAGAGGAGAGAAGACGUCUGGAACGUUUGGAACGUGAGCAAAGGAUUCAGUGGGAGCUGGACCGAGAGAGUGAAUUGUCCACACUAAAGCUUUCUCAAGCAACUGAGCAACUUCGUGAAAAACAGAGCUUCAGAAGUCACGAGCAACAAUAUAAACACACGCAAGUUCUCCAUCAGCAAAUAGAAGACGACGCUGCUGUGUUUGAGAGGGACGAGGUUACUGAGGUUGAAGAAAAAUUCAAAGAGCUUUUGUUAAAGUACCAAAUCACAAAAGAUAAAGAGAUAAAGCAGUACCAGAUUUGGGACAGGAUUAAGACGCUCCAGAAUGAACUUGCAGAUCAAUACUGUAAAGAAAACAACCUUUCAGAAUGGUCUCAGUUUACCUUUGAUCAAGCUAUAGGAUAUAACAAACUGUCUCUUACAGAGAAGCUCACAGUUCUCGAGGCAUCUCUACAGUUCAGUCCGCACAGUAGCACUGAAGAUGCUAAAGAUGAUGAAGAUCAGCCGCUUGGCUGGGAGUAUGAGAAAAAGUAUGACUUUCUCUUUGGUUUGGUGGAGCAGCUUCAUUCCACAAAUCCAACUUUGGCAGAACACAUUUUAUCAAAUGUACUUGAUACGAUCUCAGAGCUUUCACCACAAAGUAGGGAGAUUUUGGGUCAAAUAUUGUUCAACAGAAUCUGGACACCAACAGAAAUAAUGCUCUUUAUUUUCAAAAAUCCAGCUAUCAAAUGUGAUCAACUCGAUUCAGUUCUCCACACAGCACAAACCUACCACCUGGAAUGCAAACUUGUUCUAUCUGCUCUUACGAAAGAAAACCCCUUAUUGUUUCUUCAAGAAAAAAGGAAUGACAAGGAAAAAGAUGCUGAUAUAAUUCUAAAGGAACUUUGUGAAGCAAACUGCCCAGAGAAAGUCUUGGUGCUGCUGAAGGAUGUGCUUAGAUACAUAGAGUUGGAACUGCCAAAAUAUGAAUUGAAGGACCUUAACAAAGAACAAAUUGCUGAUUUAAAAGGGAAGAUAACAUCCCUUAAUCUUACAAACCCAGAUAUCAACAUUCUGAAAGACGUAUUAAUUGGAAUGUCAAUAGCAGUGCAAGACUGCUCAACAAUCACCACAAAAGACAACAUGAAGAUUCAAGGCUAUUUUCCAAGACGUACACAACUAGCAUCUUUGCUUUUGCUCCUCCUGGCACAGCUGACAGAAAAUAAAGGAUGUCUUCUAGAGAUUGGCACAGGUGAGGGCAAGUCAUGUAUCUUAGCCAUGUUUGCAACAAUCCUGGCCAUUCGUGGAACAAAAGUGGACAUUGUGACAAGCUCUCCAGUUCUUGCCCGACGAGACCAAGAAGAGUGGAAACGUUUUUUUGAAAUGUUUGACAUCACCUCAUCUGUAGUACCUCCACAUUACUCAAGUGACUAUUCAGCACAGGAACAAGAGGAACAUUUUAAAAAUGCUUACAGGCAACAAAUAGUAUAUGGCACAGUGGAAGUCUUUGCUGCAGACAUACUUAAACAGGAAUUUGAGAAGAGGACUACUCGCGGUACAAGGACAUUUGAGCUUGUAAUAGUGGAUGAAGUGGACUACAUGACCUUAGAUAAUGGAGUUCAAGUAACAUUCUUGUCCCAUGAAUCUAGUGGAUUUAGGCAUGUGGAGCAAGUGCUUUCCAACAUAUGGGCUAUGAUUUCUACUUGUCAACCAAUUGAAAUGUUUGAAACGGGGGAGAUAAAAUGGGCAACGAGGAUACAGUACUUUCAUAAAGCUGUAACAGCCGCCGUUAUGGGGCUGGAAACAUCAGAAAGCUUUUCCGCAAACGAGAUCUUGCUACCUGGAGUGACUUUGGGGUUCUUCACCCAGGAGGAUGUUGAAAAGUUACAUCAAGCUGAGAGCAAGAAAGAAAAUGAAGAUUAUGGGAAUGAGAACAGAAUGUCUAAUGCAUUAUCUGAAGUCAUGAAGAAACUUGGAGUUUCACAACAGUAUGAUCUUGUGAGUAUAUUUGAGGAGGUCUUGGAAAACACUGCAGUGUUUAAUUGCUAUUCUUUAGAGAACAAGAAAGCCAAAUGUUUUCAAACUCGGGAAAAAAAAUGUGACCUUAAUGUUGAAAUGCUACUGCUGGAAGGAGGACUAGCAUGUGAAAUCAUGUCUGAGAAAUUGCUCAUUGAUGCUACUGUAAGCACAAUAAAGUCAUAUAUCAUGUACUCAGAUAACCCUCAAAAAGCCACAGAAUCCAACAACUUCAUUGUUGUUCCUGCUUUCUUGAAAAGCUAUGUUGAGAAUCAGUUACCAGUUUUUGUUGAGAAUGCACUAAGGGCUGUUGAGAUGUCACGGGGCCGGGAAUACAUGAUUGUCACCUCACUGGCCUCUGAAAGAGAAGUUGCUGGCAUCCAUGACAGAGACAAGUAUAAUGCAAUCAUUCCAGUGGACUUCAGAGCGAGCGGUGUGCUGGAGAAAAACAAGAAGUGGGGGAAUGGUCUGCAACAAUUUUUGGAGUUCAAGCACCAACUUGCAAUUUCACCAAUAUCCACUGUGACAAAUUACAUGUCAAAUUUCCAUUAUUUUAAAAGGUAUCUCAAUGGGAGUGGUAUAUUUGGUGUUUCUGGUACUUUAGGAGGUAAGGCAGAUCGGGACUUUCUGGCAAGACAUUAUGAAGCACAGAGCUACACUGUACCUGCACAUCGCCAUAAAAGGGUGGUGGAGCUUCCAGUCAUCCAGGUGAAAGGUGGGAAUGACCAAUGGAUCCAGACUAUUUGUGAAACUACAUGGAAAGUAGCAGAGAGAGGACAAGUUGUCUUGGUAAUUUGUGAAGAUGUUAAAACAGCAGAUGAACUACAUGAGAAAAUGAAAGAGGGCAGCAGAUUCAAGGCAGAACAGAUUACUCUGUACACAAUCAGUGAGAAGCACAACAUUGAAAAAGAGAAAUUCUGUGCAGGCAGAAUCAUCAUUGCUACAAAUCUCGGAGGACGAGGGACUGACAUAAAGGUUGAUGAAAGUGUGAAUAAGUGUGGUGGUCUUUUUGUUCUUCUUACUCACUUCCCACAAAACCGAAGAGUCGAGAAACAAAUAUUUGGUCGUACGUCUCGAAAAGGCAAUCCUGGGAUGGUCCAGAUGGUUGUGAACUUUGAUCAUCUCGCACAACCUUACCAAGGUCAGUCUGUAGAAAUUAUGCGCCAGCUAAGAGAGGACUAUGAAAUUAAACGAAUCCUCAAAAUGGAAAGUGAUGAGCUGGUUGAAAUAAACCUAAAGGAAAAUCUGUUCUCCACAUUUUGCACAUUGCUGAAGGAGUUUGAUAGGUAUUACACAGAGCAAGAAAAACUGGACCCCAUGCGAAUGAAGCUCAAAAAUAUACCUGAAUGCUUUAAACAUCGUCAGCUCAAGUUUGAUUAUCAGCCAGCCAUCAACACUUUGAAAGAAUCUUGGGCCUUGUGGUUGACCCUUCACGAGGAUGACAUCAAUAGACAUGAUGACUUCAGACAACUUGAAGAAGACCUUAUCAGGACAAUAAACAAAACAAGUGGAAAGCUGCUGCAAGGAGAAAGUGAUAAUUUCUACGAUCAUGUCAAACAGGCAAUUGUAAGAACUGAUCUACACUGCCGUGAUAAAUCCAACAAUGCCUUUGGAGCUGAAUCCUAUUGGCAAAAAGUUGUUAACUCUGACCCCCAGUACAAGGCUGUGGCACUCUAUAACCAGGCAUACAUCACCAUCAACCUCAGUAAGGGUAACUAUAAAGCAGAUGCUAUGAAACUGCUGGAAGAUGCAAAGAAAUCAAUUGGCGUCUAUGUCUCAGAAGUCUCAAACACAAUGGUCUCAUGUAACUUAUCAGUCACUGGUAACAAAGAUCAGAAAACAGACAAAAACAACAACUUUCAGAGUCAAAUGGAGGCCAGAAUGAACAUAUUUAAGUCUUGGAUGACGUACAUUGAUAAUGCAUUGAAUAAACUUAAAGAGCUGGAGGAAAGCAACAGUGAUGCCAUUACAGAGGACUGUUCAGUCUACAUGCUGUCUGAAGAAAAGGACUUCAUCAUCACUAAUGAGCUGAGAUCAUUAUACGACUAUGGCCUGGGUAUUGUUUUUGAGGUGAAAAACAAGCCCAAGUUUUGCUUUGAUGCUUUGAUAUGUUUCAUACUCGGGGCUGUACAGGUUCUCGCUGGGGUUCUUGUUUGUGCGCUGACACUUGGAACAGCCAGCCAGUUUGGACUGGGCCUGAUUGCAGAAGGAGUGUCUGACAUGAUCAGUGGAAUAGAGGGGAUGAUAAAGGGCACGUUUGAUUGGGCAUCAUGGGCAAUAUCUAAGAGUAUCAGCAUCGGGCUUUCUUUACUAACGGCUGGCUUUAGCGUUAUCAAGAAAUCAGUUACUUCAGUGUUUAAAGUGACAAAAAGUCUCCUCAAUGGUACAAAGUCUUUCUCUUCUGUUGCAUCUGGAUUCAUUAAAUCAGGAAAGGCAAUGUUUACUUCAUUUAAAGGUGGCAUUCAGUCUGGUUUAUCAACCCUCGGUAAAGAAUCUUUUAAGUCUACAAUGAAAAACAUGACAUCUUCAGCAGUGGUCAGACAAAACUUCAAAGCUGCAACUAAAUAUGCAGUUCAGGAAAUCGGGAAAAAGUCUGUGCUCACUGCCAUGAACUACGCAGUUGAUGCAGCACUCCAGGAAGUAUUUAAGAAGAUUUUACAAAGCAGCUUUCAGAAUGCUGUUACUUCAUCAGUGAAGCAAAGCAGUGACCUGGAUCAGAAUCUAGUUGAAUUCAUCAGCUCAGGCAUUCCGAAAGCUGCCUUGAAAAAAGAGAAUUUCAAGAUUGACCAGAAUUAUGAGAAGCAAGUUAAAAAGUCAGUUCACAUGCUCUGCGAAAAGAUAAUUCCUUACCUCAUACUGGACUGUACCACAGCACAGGAUGUUAUCAGCAAACUCUCUGAUGUGUGUGAAGCAGCAACAGAGAUUAUGAAUAAAGAGAAACAGUCAGGUGUGCUUGAAACGGCAAAGCUGGCUCUGAAAGUAGCCGAGUACAUAACAGUUCUCUGUCAAAUAUUGGGUGCCAUACCAACAAAGGAGAUAAUACAACAGAAAUUUGUUCCUGAAUUACUGGAGAACAUCAGUGAGCUUGAGAAAGAAAUGCCAAAGUAUGACCAAGAUGAACGGCACAAAUUACCUGAUGUUCAACGCCUUAAAGGAGAACUUCUACAGAUUAUCGCUCAGAAGGCUUCUGAGCAAUUCAUCAGUUCCUGUUCUGAACAUAUAACUUCUUUCAUGACCAACACAUUUAAGAAAGAGUUGGCCAGUAAGACAGAAGAGGCAUUAGACAAAGUCAUGUGCAGACAUAAGACUCAGUGUUUCUUUGAUGACCAAAGAGAAAAAAACAGGCCACAAGGAUGUGGAACAGCUGUCUGAUGAGGACAAAUGUGGUCUAAUGAUAUGUGCAAAACUAUUUUUACUAUUACUGUUUACUAUUUUUUUCUGGAGUCUGAGAUGUUUUCUGGGUCCUGACAUUCUGAGAUGUUUUGACAUGCCCUGACUUUUGUGCUUAUUUCUGUUAUAGUAAUAAGCAAUAAUAAGUGAGCAGCAUGUAUGUAAAAGUUUGCAGUUUUGAGAAAAUGAUGUUUGUGUUAGUAAAAACAAAAAAAGUAACUGAAAUAAGGCCAAAAAACCCAUACUGAAUAUUUGUUCACAAGACUUUUGAGAAUCAUUUAGCCUAGAUUUUUUUAAAACAAUGUAUAGAUUUUAAAAUUUGUAAGAUGUUUUGUGUUAGAAAGCUGUAUGCAAGGAGGCAUGAAUCAUCAUGAAUAUUGAUUUGUUUCACACAUGGGAAGACAAAGGCUGUGUCCGUUUGUUGUUUUAAAACACAGAUGAAAGCAGUAUAAUUCACGAGUUCACACUUGCAAAUAACUCAGGUAAAUUAAUUGGUAAACGUAUUUGCCGUGCUGUCUGGGGAGAGGGCUCCGAGCUCGGUAAUCGGCCCGAAC